CUCGCUUUUCACCCGCGUCGGUUCCUUAUCGACUCUGGUCAGCGUGGACCAAGUCGUCCCAGCUGUUGAAUCUCUUGUAUUCCAUCAUUCUUUAUUUCUGUAUUACAUAAUCUCUCAGUUUGAUCAAUCGGCUAUUGCCAGCGGCUGCAAAACUCACCAGCCAUGCCUGUCGUCAAAGGUGGUGUUUGGACGAAUAUCGAGGAUGAGGUGCUUCGUGCGGCGGUCUCCAAGUACGGUCUCAACCAGUGGGCGCGUGUUUCUUCGCUGUUAGCAAGAAAGACCCCGAAGCAAUGCAAAGCGCGAUGGGUGGAAUGGCUGGAUCCCGGUAUCCGCAAGGUCGAAUGGUCGAGGGAGGAGGAUGAGAAGCUGUUGCAUUUGGCCAAGUUGAUGCCAACCCAGUGGCGUACAAUUGCGCCUAUUGUCGGACGCACAGCAACCCAAUGCUUGGAACGCUACCAAAAGUUGCUGGAUGAAGCGGAAGCGCGUGAGAACGAUGAUUUAGGUCUGGAAGGUCCCGGUGCUGAGUCGGCUGCCCCUAGUGCCGACGAUGUGCGACGGUUACGACCCGGUGAACUGGACCCCGACCCGGAAUCCAAACCCGCUCGCCCUGAUACAAUCGACCUUGAUGAAGAUGAGAAGGAGAUGCUGAGUGAGGCUCGAGCUCGCCUCGCGAACACACAGGGAAAGAAGGCGAAGCGGAAGGCUAGAGAAAGGCAGUUGGAAGAGUCGCGACGACUUGCAGUCCUUCAGAAACGACGUGAACUCAAAAAUGCUGGCAUUAAUAUCAAGGUCGUGACUCGCAAGAAGGGUGAAAUGGACUACAACGCCGACAUUCCGUUCGAGAAGCCAGCAGCACCCGGCUUUUACGACACUAUGGAGGAAGAAACCCGAAAUGAGAGACAACGGGAGAUGUUUGACCCUCGCAAACAGCAGCUCGCCAACAAGCGGAAAGGAGAUCAAGAUGAUGAUGCGGAGCGCAAGAAGAGGAAGAACGACAAGAAUGGUAAUUCUUCGUCUGCUGCCGCUGCUCGCGCUGGCCAGAUGCAAAAGAUUCGAGAAGCAGAACAGAGCAGCAAGAGAAGAGCGCUUGUUCUUCCCAGCCCUCAGGUCGGCGAAGGUGAAAUGGAGGACAUCAUUAAGAUGGGUAUGGCAGGCGACAGAGCCAAUAAGAUGGCAGGAGACGAGGAAGGGUCCCGAGGAUUGAUUGGCAACUACUCUGCUAUAGUCGCGCCAGAGGAAGAUCACAUCGCCAACGAGAUCCGCAACAUCAGAGCUCUGACUGAAACUCAAUCAUCGCUAUUGGGAGGUGAGAAUACUCCUUUGCAUGAGGGAGGAUCAUCCACUGGAUUUGAUGGGAUCGCUCCUCGGCGUCAGCAGAUCUUUACCCCGAACCCUAUGGCCACGCCUUUCAGGCAAGCGAAUGGCGUUGGGGCAACCCCUAUGAGGGGUGGUGUUGGGUCUGGUGCCACUCCUUUGCGGACUCCUCAAGCUGGGCAGCUCAUCGGAAGUACCCCUAGAGAUAUCAAAAUGCAUGAGAAGUUUGCACGCCAAAGCAUCCGCGGAAAGCUGGCAGCUCUGCCAAAGCCCAAAGAAACGGAGUGGGAACUGGAAGAGCUUCCUUCCGAAUCCGCGGAGCCAGCCGCAGCGGCUGGUUACGUCGAAGAGGAUUCGGCUGAGCGCGACAGAAGAGAAAACGAGGCUCGGCAGCGUGCCGCCGAAGCCGAGCUCAAGCGUCAGACACAAGUAUAUCAACGAGCCCUACCCCGGCCAAGUCGAGUCCUGGUCGCAAAAGAAGCUGCUCUUCUCAUUGCACACGACGCGCGCAAAUUCCCUAUCCCAGGUGCGAAGGUGGAGGGCAAGGCUCGGAAGUUGGAACAGCUCGAUGACGGCCUCAUGGAGCAAGCCCCGGCCGCAUCUGAAAAGCAGCAGGAGUGGCAGGAGAACUUCGAUGAGCAAUGGUCGACGAAACACUCCAACACUCUGCCCGAGGAGGAUGUAUAUCAACAAGAACAACGGAUGAACUCCCUGCUCGCCACGGCGGAGCGAGGCAACAAGCUGGAGAAGAAGCUUGCCCGGGCCAAGGUGCUCCGAACAAAGAUAGUGGAGGCCAACACAGCCCUGGAGAAAACUAGGGAUGAGCUCGAUGCUUUCCGUACACUCGAAAAGCUGAGGGAUGAUCGCGAAGCUCAAGACCUGUAUAGAACUAGGAAGGACGAACUCGACGAGCUUGUGGCAGGAACAGGGGGGAUGGUUAAUGGGGACGAGGCCAUGGGGACCCCGGACCCCGUCGAGAAGGGGUUCGCCACCCUCAACACCAUCCGGAUCGGUGUCAAGGCCAUGGUGCAGAAGGAUGGAGAAUUACGAAAGGCAGAGAUCCUAUCUAUCAAGCAGCGGAAGGAUGGUCCUUCAUUCUACGUCCACUAUGUCGACUUCAACAAGCGUCUUGAUGAGUGGGUUGAUUCCACAAGAAUCGAUCUGUCACACGAGGUCGAAUGGCCCCAACCAGAGAAACCGGAGAAAAAGAAGACCGGCCCCAGCAACAAAGCACCUAGCAAGAACCCCCAGAAGCGUGCGAGAGCCGAAAGCCGUGAUGUAUCUGCAACUCCGGAUCUUCUAACAGGCAAGAACACCAAUGUUGGCAAGGCCCAGCGCCCGUCCAAAGCAGGCGGGAAGGAGAAUCGGGGCGACGAGACUCCUUUGAACCUCUCCAUCGGGGGCUCAGAAGCCGUCUCUGUAGAUGGAACUCCCAGGCCGGAAUCGGAUGAUGUCGACAUGAUCGAUGUCGGCUUCUCCAAGGAUGAGAAGGAAGAAGCGAAAGCACUAGGCCUCAUGUCGCGCGAAGAAGAGAUCGAACGGCUCCGUACCAGUGGCAGUAUGACCCAGAAUCCAACGGAGAUUCACCGGGUGCGAAAUUUGACCCGUCUCCAAAUGGGCAAAUACGAUAUCGAACCAUGGUACUUCUCCCCCUACCCUGCAUCCUUCUCCGACGCAGACGUCGUGUACAUCGAUGAGUUCUGCCUGGGAUAUUUCGACAACAAGCGCUCCUUCGAGCGUCAUCGUUCCAAGUGCACCCUUGUGCACCCCCCCGGAAACGAAAUCUACCGGGACGACUACAUUUCCUUCUUCGAAGUCGACGGCCGGCGUCAGCGAACCUGGUGCCGCAACCUCUGUCUGCUCAGCAAGCUCUUCCUCGACCACAAAACUCUCUACUACGACGUCGACCCCUUCCUCUUCUACUGCAUGUGCAGUCGCGACGAAACUGGCUGCCAUCUGGUCGGCUACUUCUCCAAGGAAAAAGACUCCGCAGAAGGCUACAACUUAGCCUGUAUUCUCACCCUUCCUCAAUACCAACGCCGCGGGUACGGCCGUCUCCUCAUCUCCUUCAGCUACGAGCUCGGCAAGCGGGAAGGAAAGCUCGGAUCGCCCGAGAAACCACUCAGUGAUCUCGGUCUCCUCAGUUAUCGACAGUAUUGGCGAGAGACUCUCGUGGAGAUCCUCCUAGAUGUUGGCCGCGAGGCAAUCAGCGAGCACGACCUUUCCAUGCUCACCUCUAUGACAGAGAAAGACGUCCACGAAACAUUGGUCGUUUUCAAUAUGCUUCGAUACCACAAAGGAAACUGGGUCAUAGUUCUGACCGACCAAGUCGUGGAAGAGCACAAAAAGCGUCUAGAAAAAGAAAAGGUCAAGGGCUCUCGCAAAAUCGACCCUGCACGACUGCAAUGGAAACCUCCUGUCUUCACUGCUUCAUCCCGGACAUGGAACUGGUAAGACAAUUAUAACUACCAGAAUGGACGUGAUAGCAACAGAAGGGAAAAAGAGGGGGGAUGUUGAUACCCAAAUUGAAUGGAGUCCUUGGUGUACUGUAUGUUAAUGAUUUCGAUUCUCGUUUUGGAGCCCUCUCUUUAUCUAUUGUUUCAUUUUCGACUCAAGGGAUGUAAAUUAGUUUACUAUGGGGGAGCGGGGGGUUUGUUUGAUUAGCAUGGACUAGCGAUAGCAGGAUAGGUGUUGUGGAAAUUCUUGUUGAUUUGGUAUGGUCUAGAUGUAGAGGGAAAGAAUGUUACGUCUGUGUGUACUCUGUAAAUGUCAGUCACCAUUUAGCC